GCCUCCUCCGCCUUCGAGCCGGACUUCGCGCAUGUGCAAUAGGGUGAGGCGCGAGCCGGCGGCUUCCGGCCGAAGAGCAUGAUGCAGGGGGAGCCGAACCCUAGCGCUUCUCUCAUUGACAGAACCAUCAAGAUGAGGAAAGAAGCGGAAGCUAGGAAGGUGGUUUUAGCCUGGGGACUGCUGAAUGUGUCUGUGGCCGGGAUGAUAUAUACCGAAAUGACUGGAAAAUUGAUUAGUUCAUAUUAUAAUGUGACGUACUGGCCCCUUUGGUAUAUUGAACUAGCCCUCGCAUCUCUCUUCAGCCUUAAUGCCUUAUUUGAUUUUUGGAGAUAUUUCAAAUAUACCGUGGCACCAACAAGUCUGGUUGUUAGUCCUGGGCAGCAAACACUUUUAGGGCUGAAAACAGCUGUUGUACAGACUACUCCUCCACAUGAUCUGACAGCAACACCAAUCCCUCCUUCUCCGUCUUCUCCUUCAAUUCAGGGUCAGAGUGUAUUGAGUUAUAGCCCAUCUCGGUCACCCAGCACGAGCCCCAAGUUCACCAGCUGUAUGACUGGGUACAGCCCUCAACUGCAAGGUCUGUCCUCUGGUGGCAGUGGCUCUUACAGCCCUGGAGUGACCUACUCGCCUGUCAGUGGUUACAGCAAGUUGGCGAGUUUCAGCCCCUCUCCUUCUUCCUCGUACCCUACCACUGUUGGGCCAGUGGAGAGCAGCGGGCUGAGGUCUCGCUACCGUUCGUCACCCACCGUCUAUAACUCUCCUGCUGACAAGGAGGACUACAUGACAGACCUGCGGACUCUGGACAGUUUCCUUAGAAGCGAAGAAGAGAAACAGCAUAGAGUUAAGCUGGGGAGCCCGGAUUCCACCUCUCCUUCCUCCAGUCCUACGUUCUGGAACUACAGUCGUUCUGUGGGGGAUUAUGCACAGACUUUAAAGAAGUUUCAGUACCAGCUUGCCUGUCGGUCUCAGGCCCCCAGUGCUAACAAAGAUGAAGCGGAUCUCAGUUCUAAACAAGCUGCAGAGGAGGUUUGGGCAAGAGUGACAAUGAAUAGACAACUUCUUGAUCAUAUGGAUUCUUGGACAGCGAAGUUUAGAAAUUGGAUCAAUGAAACCAUAUUAGUGCCACUUGUGCAAGAGAUUGAGUCUGUCAGCACCCAGAUGAGAAGAAUGGGUUGUCCAGAGCUACAAAUAGGAGAGGCUAGUAUUACCAGCUUGAAGCAAGCUGCCCUGGUCAAAGCCCCUCUCAUGCCUACUUUGAACACGAUUGUGCAGUAUCUAGACCUUACACCAAACCAGGAGUACUUAUUUGAAAGGAUCAAAGAACUCUCUCAGGGAGGCUGUAUGAGCUCGUUCCGAUGGAACAGAGGUGGAGACUUCAAAGGACGCAAGUGGGACACAGACCUGCCCACUGACUCUGCUAUCAUCGUGCAUGUCUUCUGCACCUACCUGGACUCCAGAUUGCCUCCACAUCCGAAGUACCCUGAUGGGAAAACAUUCACUUCUCAGCACUUCGUCCAGACCCCAAACAAACCAGAUGUUACAAAUGAGAAUGUGUUUUGCAUUUAUCAGAGUACUAUCAACCCUCCCCAUUACGAGCUUAUCUACCAGCGCCAUGUCUACAAUCUUCCAAAGGGCAGAAAUAAUAUGUUUCACACGUUGUUAAUGUUCCUCUACAUCAUAAAGACCAAAGAGUCAGGAAUGCUUGGGAGAGUUAAUCUUGGCCUAUCCGGUGUGAAUAUUUUGUGGAUCUUUGGAGAGUAGCGAGUCGUUUAAUUCCAAACAUUUGGACUUUCAUUUCACUGAAACAGAAUACGCUGAAUCUAAGCCUGUAUGCGUCGCUGUCCUGAAAUAAGAUACCACACACACGUCGCGGACUUGCCACCACUGUGCAGCUCCCAUGUGUCGUCCACCCCGUAGCCGGACACCCUGCCUUUGCCUUUCUAUUACAUUUCAGAAGUUUAGUCGACUAUAAAACUACAACCCUUUGGAUUUUUGUUGAUGCUAAAUAAUGCAGUUCCCCUUUAAUUAAAUAGAGCCCCUUUUUCAUUAUUACCCACACAUGAAAUCAUCCACUUGACUCUUCAGGACACCACAAAAAGUUUGUUAGGGCAAGUUUUCGAAAGAAAAGUAGGAAUUCAGCUUUUUGAAUCUCUGUGUCUCUCCUUUGUUGUAAGUCAGCCCCCAAGUCCCAUCUUCAAAGAAAGGAGAUUGACUUAGAAGUAAUGUAUUAGCCCAUGGAUAUUUUUUAAAUGCAGCUAAAAGAGGUUUGACGUACUGUGUUUUUAAAAAUCACCUCUUGGAUAAAAUGUCACUGGUAGAAUUAAACUACUUGGGUUUUAAUGAAAAGUUUGAGACGUCAGGAAAACUACUCCCCGUUUGGUUUUAGAAGCUCAGUUCUGUUGUUCUGUAACAUUGCGUUAUUCUAGAACGGCCUUCGGUGAGAUCACACUGAGGCCCCUGCUGCGUAACUUUACUGGAGAGAGUGCUCAGACUAUUUGGAGAGGAGAGGUUACCAGGCUUGUAAGGUUGCCUUGCCCUGUCUGGGUUUUCUGUAAAUACUUGCAGUAGGCAGAAGGUGCGUGUUCCUGAUUGGCACUGACGGCUUCCACUGUUUCGUGGAAACUUGAAAGCAGCCAACACCAGGCCUUCGUGAAUGACCACCCGUCAGGAUUGCUACGCGUACCGCUUUGUGUAAUUUGUCAAUUGUUUUUUCAUAAGUUACUCCCGUAUUUUGAAAGCUGAUCUCCAAAUAAAAGUAACUUCCUGUAUUUUAACUGCUUUUGAUAUAUGUUAAAAACAUUUAUUAAACACGUUAGGUGUGAGAACGUGUU